AUGAAUUCAUUACUCUCUAUAACGAGUCCAUCUCACUACGCAACAAGAUCGAUACUUUAUUCACGGAGGUCGAUGGUGUAUCACGAGAAGUAAACGAUCCAGAGGUAGGAAUGAAGCCGAAAAUUCUCAAGGCACUAAAAGAAAAUAGAUUGGUAAAACAGGAGGUUCAGAAUACUAAAUUCGUGGUAGAGAUGCUAGAGUAUUUGAGUGAGCUUCGGACCUCUGAAAAACGAUUUCAAGAAUAUAUGAGUCAGGGUCGAAUAGAAGAGGCAGCCGGUACCAUUACAGGGAUGGAUCGGUUAUUGGAAUCUCCUCCGAUACAAACGAGUCAACAAAUACACAUUUUGGAAAGAUUAAAAAUGCAAUUGACAUCUAUGAAGGAAUCUUUAGAUCAAAGUCUCGAUGAUUUGUUAAAUGAAGCAAUCUCUUUCAAAAAAACCGGCGCAGAUGACGCCGACGGUUUUAAUCUUUCAGUCUUGUCUGCUGUGGAAAAGGACAAUUCCACAACUCUCCUAACGUCC